UUCAACCUGCAGCGCAUGCUCAACCGCCACGUCAAGUGCCACAGCGGCGUCAAGCGACACGUGUGCCCCUUCUGCGCCAAGGGCUUCAACGACACCUUCGACCUGAAGCGGCACGUGCGCACGCACACGGGUGUGCGCCCCUACAAGUGCCAGGCGUGCGACAAGGCGUUCACGCAGCGGUGCUCGCUCGAGUCGCACCUGCACAAGAUUCACAGCGUGCAGCAGCUCUACUCGUUCAAGGAGCGCCGCUCCAAGCUGUUCGUGUGCGAGAUCUGUGGCUUCACGGCCAGCGAUCCGGAGUCUUACCACGACCACCUGCGACUGCUGCAUCCCGACAGCGCCGCGCUGCGUAAGCAUCGACGCAGGGCAAUUAUCACCUGCUGGAUUACAGGCCGCGUGCGACGUAGCCUCUGCCGCCCGGCCAACCAAGGCUGCGACUAA